AUGCGCUUGCUAGACGUUGAUACGCUCGAGCUGCACGAGUUUAUGGGCGGCAAUAUCCCGAAGUACCAAUAUGCUAUUCUUUCACACACCUGGGCCGAAGAGGAGGUAAGCUUGCAGGAUUUGCAGGCAGGGCGUGGCCCCUCCAAACAAGGCUACGAGAAAAUCGUUCUCACUUGCAAGCAGGCGAAACAACACGGCUGUAAAUGGGCUUGGGUGGACACAUGCUGCAUCGAUAAGACAAGCAGUGCCGAACUCAGCGAAGCUAUCAACUCAAUGUAUCAGUGGUACGAAGAGUGCGCUGUGUGCUAUGCUUAUCUUAUAGAUGUGGACGAUAAUGUAUGA